AUGGCACUGAAUCCUUCGCCUCAAGAGGCUCAAGAAGAGUAUGAAAUCUAUAGGAGCACUUAUUCAGUGAUAUGAGCAGUCACUGAUGAUGUUCAGAAAUCUACUCAACGCGAAUGUCGUCGCAGCCGAGACCAAAGGACUUUGGUGCGGCUCACCUGGAUAGAAAGCCUAUCCCUCGUAGGGAGGACUAGCAACGUACCUGCUGACAAAUUGUAGCAGUGGAUCCGACGAAGAAGAAGAAUCAGCAGCGCGCCGUGUACUGUUCACUACCGAGCUACUCGAGAAGAUACUCUUGCAGCUCCCGGUAAAGAGUAUGUUCGGCGUCCAACGAACCUGCGGAAAGUUCAGAGAUACGACACGGGGAUCAAAGCACCUCCAAUACGCCAUGUUUCUCGUUCCCGACACGGAGUACGAUCCGGAACAAGUCAAUCCGAUAAUGCGCCAGCUGGCUUACCGAGGGCAGCGUGGCAAGAAGACAGUGUACAUCUGCUUCACCGGAGAGUCCUCCGCAUCUCGCAUCCCCACUUUCGAGUUCUCCCUUGUCUCCGAAGCAGACUACGAGCAAUAUCACAGCGAGAAGUCGGUCGUCUCGCACGGAGUAGGAGAAGUCACCGAGUCUUGGAGGAGGAUGUACGUUGUCCACAGUACGAAUUGCUUCUUCGUGAAGCUCAGGUAUCCUCCUAUGCCUAUAGCUGUACAAGGCCGCCCGGCAUGCACGCAACUCGGAGAGCUAUUCGAUACUAUGUCUAGUCGUGUCCUUCACUCUUGA